AUGGCUGACACAAAGAAAAAACGAGUUGUCUUGACAUUAGAAGAGAAAAUAAACGCGAUUAAACUUAUGGAUCGGGGGACGCCGGCAUACAAAAUUGCUCAGUAUUUAGCUGUUGGCAAGACACAAAUACAAAACUUAAGAAAACGUAAACAGGAGUUAUUGGAUGACUACGAAAACAAUGUUCCCCUCCAGUCAGAGCGGCGACGAUACUUGACAGGAAAUGAAGAAAUUAAUGAAUUAUCGUGGUUCAAGGACGCUGUUUCGCGACGAAUAAAUGUUACUGGUCCACUGAUACAGACUAAAGCUCUUGAUUUUGCCAAAAGUCUAGGAAAUACAGAUUUCAAAGCAUCAAAUGGAUGGCUUGGGAGUUUUAUUAAACGUAACAAUAUUGUUUACGGAACUAUGAGUGGUGAACGUGGUGACGUUAAAGAGGACUGUGUUAAUGAUUGGAAAAGAAAGUUGCCCACACUUUGUGAGGGUUAUCAUGAAAAGGACAUAAUGAACAUGGACGAAACUGGGCUUUUUUACAGAGAUACUAUGCGUAACACAUUUCACUUUAAAGGGAAUGAUUGUGCUGGAGGCAAACGUUCAAAGGAGAGAAUAACUGUUGCAUUGUGCAUAGUUGACGGACGUACAAAUAACCAAUUCAAUACUUGA